UGCGGCCGCAGUGAGACCACGACCACUUGUUGCUGCCCUGUGCCCGAACAACCCGUCCCCCAACAACGCACAGUUUGCUACAGACCCCACGAUCCGCCGAAGGAUAAGACAGAGACAGACUCACCAAUGGAAAAGGACAAGAAAACUAAAGAAAAAAAAAAUAAAGAUAAAAAAGAUAAGAAAGACAAAAGUGGUAAGAAAAAGUGUGUGCUGAUGUGAAAAACAUUGGAGGAGGGAAAGUCCCUUUGGAAUACCUGUCAGGAUUGUUAAGUCGGCUUUGACUGCCGGUAGCUGACCUGUGUGGGAAACUAAAUUUUCUGCCAAUUUUAUUUGGAAAAUGUCGUCUCCUUGUGGCAAGUGCAACACGUGUCCAUGCGGCACCAGCGGUGCUGCACCGCCACCCCAACCGCCGCCCCACCGUCCGCCCCCCGCCUAUGUCCAAGGUCAGCAGGUGGAGUGUUCCAAUGGCCAAUGUGCUUACCCGCAGGCGCAGCAGCAGCCGCACCACCAGCAGCAGGCCGCUCCGUGCUCGGAAUCUCAGGGCGCGGCCCAAGGUGAGAACUUAGCCGCUUGCCAGAUCAGUAGCUCCACGCAACAACAUAGGACUCCGCACGUGGAUUGUACAUGUACCAGCAACAGGACUCGACCGGUUCCGUCGGGACCUCAGGGACCUCAGGCGGACUAUGUAACGUGCAGCCGAGCACCCAAGGAUCAUACGGUGCCCUUUGUGGAAACUCGCUGCACCUGUCGUGAGAAAACGCCAAAAAUCGAGUGUCACUGUUCUCCGGCCCAGCCAACCCAACAGGCACCUCAAAGUCAUUACCAGCCCACCUAUGCGCAUGUUCCCUGCGGCAGUGGGAGCAAUCCCGGGGGUGGACGUUCCGGUCCUCAUGCAUACCGCACACGAGCACCCAGUUGCGGACACUGCCGGGCUAGUAGAAAGAAGAAGUGCAUCAUCCAGUAGGAUCUCCGGAAAAUCAAGGUAUCUGGUUAAAUCCUAGCAGGCGCUACCGAGCAGAUACACACCCACACACACACACUGAUUGGUAAACACACAGCCAGGAUGACAGUUCUCCUAAAUUUUGGUUCGUCAAAAUUUUCAGUAAGCUUUAUGAUUUGACCUAAUUCCAUUUCUCGACAAUAAACCCAAUGUGAUUCCUAAUGGGCAA